AGCAAAUAGCCAAUGCAGAUGUUAAUACCAAUUGGAAAUUGAUUAGGGACGAUAUCAAUAAGUUCAAACAAUGGGUGACCGAGAUAUAUGAGACUGGAGGUAUACCCCAGUACGAUUUGAAAAAAAUAACUAGCACAAUCGACUCCUGGGUAAUGUCUCUCGAUGACAAGAAACGCACCUUCAAUAAUAGGAAGUUUAAGUUCAGCUAUAAACCAGGCCAAGACAACAAAUCGUUCGACGUCGAGCCAUCAAAGCCUUCAAGUUUUGGCACCCCGACUAUUAGUGAAAAAAAUGGAGUCAAGUGCGUUAUAGACAAGGCACAUCAGGGUGUGUUGCUUUCUGAGAUCAAGAACUCGGUGAUAGUAAUUCCCACAAAUAUGGCUGCCGGAGCUAUUACCUUGAAAAACUGUAACAAUUCGGCAUUCGUGAUACGUUCUGAGUCGUUUAUAUAUGCAGAAGAGCUGACGAACUGUAUUAUAAUUGGAAGAGCUCACCAGGUGAGACUACAUAAGUCUAAGGGUGUUUACGUGGACAUUGAGAUCGAGAGCACGCUCAAUAAAAUCAUCAUUGAGGAAUCGACGUCCAUCAAAUUCGUUAACUGUCGCAACGUUGAAAUAGAUGACUUCAAUGAGCCUUCAAAAGAGUGUUUGAAUUACACAAUGGUGGACAGGUUGGUGAACGAAAUGGAAAUUGCUGAAAUCCAGCUCGAAUCGCUCCCCAGCCUAAUCAAAUCCAUAAUAUAAGGCUGUGUUGGGUCCCGAAUAUUUAUUUUUCUAUCUUUUCCAAUCAUGACGCCAUUGCCUGCCAAGGCUGACAUGAGUGCCAAGGAAAAACUCGAACAGCUGAAGAAGCAGCGAGGUGAAAGCAUAGCUAGACCUGCUGCUCCUCAGAGAAGCUACCUGAGCCCUAAUGGUCCAGUGACUCCUAAUAUGACACCAGCGGUUUCGCCAAUGGACAGUAUAAUGACUGCCAACGCGCGCCGAAAAAUUAGCUUGAAGCCAGGACAUUCGCCAUUAGACUGGGAGACAAAGAAAAAGACUUCGAACAUGAAAGGAUCCAUUGAUCCUAGGGAUUUUCCAUUGCGAGUGACAAAAGAGGAGCUAAAAAAACAUAAUAAAGAGCAUGAUUUUUGGAUAUGUCUAAACCACAAGAUCUACAAUCUAUCACCCUAUCUUGAUUAUCACCCUGGAGGUGUUGAGGUUUUAAUGAAGUGUGCAGGAAAAGACGGGACAUUUCUGUUCAACAAAUACCACAGAUGGGUGAACUACGAAAGGAUCUUAGACGCUUGUUUCGUAGGUUUUCUGGUCUGAAACAGCAUUAAUCGCAUUAUUGUACAUUAAAUAUAACAUUACUC